AUGGGCAGCCCCGACAACAAGUCAAAGAGCCCAGCGUCGUCGGACCCCGAGCGCGUGGGCGAGUCCCCGGCGCUGGCGGACGCGGAGUGCAAGGACGUGGCGAGCGCCCACGACGCGCCCCACGACGCCGUCUUUGGCGAGAUCACGGAGGAUGGGCCCAACUACCGCAGCCUUGGCUGGCUGGGGACCGUGGCCCUCAUGAUGAAGACGCAGAUCGGCCUCGGGGUCCUGUCCAUCCCGUCGUCGUUUGACGCGCUGGGGCUGAUCCCGGGGCUCAUCUGCCUCCUCGCCGUCGCCUCCAUCACCACCUGGUCGACGUACAUCAUCGGCGUCUUCAAGAAGCGCCACCCCGAGGUCUACAGCAUCGACGACGCCGGCGGCCUCAUGUUUGGGCGCAUCGGGCGCGAGACGCUGGGCGCCGCGUUUUGCAUAUUGUGGAUCUUUGCCGCCGGCUCCGGCAUGCUGGGCAUCUCCAUCGGCCUCAACGCCGUCUCGACCCACGGUGCCUGCACCGCCAUCUUCGUCGUCGUCGCCGCCGUCAUCGGCUUCUCGUUUGGCAGCAUCCGCACCCUCAGCCGCAUCAGCUGGCUGGCCUGGAUCGGCCUGACGUGCAUCAUGAUCUCGAUCUUCACCGUCACCAUCGCCGUCGGCAUCCAGGAACGACCCGCCGCCGCGCCCAAAGAGGGCCCGUGGUCCUCCGACUACAAGCUCUUCAAGACGCCCUCGUUCACCUCCGCCAUCUCCGCCGUGUCGACGCUCGUCUUCGCCUACGCCGGCACCCCGGCCUUCUUCUCCAUCGUGGCCGAGAUGCGCGACCCCAACGAGUACACCAAGGCGGUGCUCAUCUGCCAGUCGGGCGCCACCAUCACGUACAUUGUCAUCGGCACCGUCGUCUACUACUUUUGCGGCCACUUCGUGGCGUCGCCCGCCCUCGGCUCGGCGGGCGUCCUGGUGAAGAAGGUGGCGUACGGCCUGGCGCUGCCGGGCCUCAUCGUGACCACCAUUCUCGUCAUUCACCUCCCCGCCAAGUACAUCUUCGUGCGCAUCCUGCGUGGAUCCGUCCACCUGACGGCCAACGGCGUCGUCCACUGGUCCGUCUGGCUGGGCUGCACCUUUGGCACCACCCUCAUCGCGUACCUCAUCGCGAGCGCCAUCCCCGUCUUCGAGGGCCUCGUCGCCCUCAUCGGCGCCCUCUUCGGCACCUUUCUGUGCUUCCAGCCCAUGGGCUGCAUGUGGCUGUACGACAACUGGGCCCGGGGCAAGCAGGAACGCUCGCUCAGGUGGAUGCUCAUGGUCUGCUUCAGCGUCUUCGUCGUCGUGUCCGGCACGUUCCUCAUGAUUGCGGGCACCUACGGCUCCGUCGUCGGCGUCGUCGACUCGUACAAGGCGUCGGGCAGCUCCGGCGGGUGGACAUGCAAAGACAACUCGAAUUCUGUGUAA